CUAGAAGCAGACGCUACUUCACACUUUGCGCGAUUCAAGAAGUAGAAACUACGCCUUUUGACAGAAUCAGAUCUGAAGGCUUUUAGCAGAAUCACUUCCCUUCUUUCAGCAUCAUUCACCAUCAUACACCGUUGUCAUUGCUGCAGUCUUCAGGGCAGGACGGGCCAUGCUGCUGUUUCCAAAACUGGCGGGCCUGGUGCUGAUUGUGCUCAUAAAUGGCGAGACUCCAGACAGCACUGUGGGUCAGACUGUGGGACCAGACGGACCUCAGCCUCCUCCUACAGUCACAUCAGAUCCCCUCGACAUUACUGUGCAUGAGACUCCAGACAGGGUGUCCAUCAGCACUGUGGGUCAGACUGUGGGACCAGACGGACCUCAGCCUCCUCCUACAGUCACAUCAGAUCCCCUCGACACUACUGUGCAAGCUCCUUGUAUCCUCACUCUUCAGCCUCCUAAAGUGGUGGUUAAAUAUGGAGAUAAAGCCUCAGCAAAUUGUUCCACUACUACUGACCACAUAGGGAUGGGCUGGGAGGCCUCUCAAGGACCAGUGGACAUGAAGGAUGAUGUACAAUUAAUCACCUGGAGUGUAGACAGUCUUGUAGAGUGGGGCAUAAAACCAUUUUGCUUCAUGAAUCCUAAUCCAGACAAGCAGUGCAAAGUUCAUCUCAAUGUUACUAUUUACAAAACUCCAGAAAGUGUGUCCAUCAGCACUGUGAAUCACACUGGGCCGAUGAUUGAGGGUGGACAGUAUGAGCUCCAGUGUGACAUUCAGAAUGUUGCUCCUGCUGAGCUCCUCACUGUGAGCUGGUUCAAAGGAGACACUCUAGUGAAUAAGGAAACCUUUGCUAACUCGAUCAAGACUCCAGUGAAUCGGUCAGCUACACUCCAGAUCUCCCCCAGCAGAGCUGAUGAUGGAGCUCAGUACAGGUGUGAAGCAGAACUGGAUCUGGGACCAGAAGGACCUCAACCUCCUCCUACAGUGACGUCAGAUCCCCUCAACAUUACAGUACAUUACAAGCCUGUAAUAGAUUGUUCCAAUUGGACUCCUUUGAUAAAUACCUCUCUGGACUCAUUUCCUUUCGCUGUUAUGGGCAAGCCACAAUGGCGCACCAAGUGGCAUCAAGGAACUUCACGGAUUCCAUCUACUAAGCGUCUCAGCAAAAAGGACUCUGGCCAGUAUUCAUACUGUGCCUCCAAUAAGAUUGGCAGUGAAUGCUGUGCUACCAAUAUCACAGUGGAGUAUGGCCCUGAAUUCGACUGUCCUUCAGAGUAUGAGAGCAGAGAACACACACUCUUCUUAGCAAAUUGCAAUGUUACGGCUUCUCCUGAAGCUGAUGUCUCCUGGUCCAGAGAUGGAAGAAAUGUGGAACGUCCACACAACCUCACCAGGAGAGAUAACGGCUUAUACAAAGUAACUGCGCAGAACAAGCAUGGAACUGAACAUCACGUCUUGACCAUUAAUGUUCUUUAUGGUCCAGAAAUAGAGUCAGGAGAUGAGUCAGUAGAGGUGUAUGAAGGCAGGGAUGUGACUCUGUCCUGCACUACUGAGGGGAACCCAGAGCCUGAAGUCAAGUGGAGCUUCAACAAUCAGUCUAAGACCACUGGAGGGAGACAGACGACACUGACGAUUUCUGGAGCCACGCCUGCUGAUGGUGGGGAGUAUACAUGCACUGCAACGAACACAUUUGGGAGCCAGACAAAGAGAAUCUUCUUGGUGGUGAAAGGUAGGCGUCUCAUCACUGAUGUGAAUGUGGGCUGUAGCUCAUAUUCUCUUUGCAAUCAUAUGUAA